AGGCGAUAUAAAGCGCGGGGACUUGGCAGGUUACGAUUAGUGUCCCUACUGUUCCAGUGUAAGGACGUGCUAGAGGAGCUGCUGACAAGACCUUCCUUCCUCACCUACCACCACCACCUAGCAACACUCACCUACGACCACUUCAGAGACUUAGGUACAGGAAGACGCAAACCACCUCGAAAAGAUGGGAAAGAUCAAGGACAUGCGCGAUUACGUGGGCAAGGCCGAGCUGCGGGAACUGGACCUGUGGAAGGCGGUGGCGGCGGAGUUCUUGGGGACUAUGGUGUUGGUCUUCGUCGGUACCAGCUCCUGCCUCAACGGGUGGACUGAAGGAUACGCUCCCUCCGUCGUCCAGAUCUCCUUGUGCUUCGGCAUCACCCUCGCUACUCUGGCACAGGCAUUGGGUCACAUCUCAGGUUGCCACGUGAACCCGGCCGUGACCUGUGGGAUGCUGGUAGCUCGUCACAUCUCGGUGGUGAGGUCCCUGUUCUACAUCAUCGCCCAGUGUGCUGGAGGACUGGUUGGAUCGGCUAUACUGUUGGGAGUGACGCCAGCUGAGCGACAGGGCAGCCUGGGCAUGACUUCCAUCAACCCGGCCGUGAACGUAGGCCAGGCGGUGGGUUUCGAGCUGCUCUUCACUUUCGUACUGGUGCUGACGGUUUUCAGCGUCUGUGACGAGCGAAGGAACGAUGUCAAGGGCUCGGCACCUCUAGCCAUUGGCCUCUCCGUCGCUGCCUGCCAUCUCGCCGGCGUGCCCAUCACAGGUGCCUCCAUGAACCCGGCUCGCACCUUUGGCCCAGCUGUCGUCGCCGGACUUUGGGAGAACCAUUGGGUGUACUGGACUGGUCCCAUCCUCGGCGGGAUGAUGGCUGCCCUCAUCUACACCUACCUGUUCAGGGCCCCCAAGAUUACCCCCAGCUACGACAUCAACCUGGAGAACUGCAAUAAGGGCGGCAACAAAGCCUAAGGUGUACUGGCUGGGUCCCAUUCUAGGUGGCAUCAUUGCAGCGUGUUUGUAUGAAGUCUGGACCACGCCCACAACCCUAUCAUUAUCAUCACCACCAUCACGCCCACACCACAAUGACGACCCUAACGACGACCCCACCGCUGCCUUCCUCGUUUCUGGACCCAAGAUUGAGAUAGUUGCUGAUAGAACCACUUGUAUCUGAGGCCAUUGGAUCUAUUAGCUGACUAAUUGAAUCUGUGCUAUGUUUAAUCAGCUAUGCACGGCUAUAAUAUUUUCUAUAUCUAUCUCUGCUAUACAAGUUCUAUGUCAGCUAUAUAUUGUACAAUCAUUAGUACUUUUUUUUUAUAUCUCUGCUAUACACGAAAGCUUGUAUUGCAGCUACUGUACACACACACACACACACACACACACACACACACACACACCUAACCUCAUCCACUAAGUAUGACCCAUUUUUUUUAACUUCAGCUGUACAUUAAACACAAAAACUCAUAAUAUAUCAAAAGUAAUAUUUGUAUUGAGAAUGUCUAACAGUUUAUGAGCUGUUUCCCUGAGGUGUGUGUGUGUGUUAUGCUUUACAAACAUUAAUUAACGCCACUCAAUUUCAACCAUCUAAGAAUCACAUUAUAUCCAAACUACUCUUAAAAUUAGUAACUUUUAUCCAUUAUCGCGCUGCACAAUCUUCAACAUCAAAUCCCAACUCAUCCUGACUUAGUGAAGACGAGUAUAAAUAUCAUAGUUCAUCCUGACACUCUUCUGCAUUUUACACCAUCUAUGAGUCAUGUUAGGCUGCCUUAACUACAGAUCCUAACUACCUGAACUAGUUAAUCACCUCAUUGAGCGUAGAACAAUCAUCACGUGACUAAAUAGAUAAUAUUUUUGUGCGUGACGUCAUUCAUUACAUCAUACCAUCAGAACUUUCAUCUAUAAGUAUAACAUUCAUAAAUAAGUGUAUGGAGAAUUACUUAUAUUACUCAUUACUUUAUAUUUACUUUAACUAUAGUAAACAACAACAGUAUCUUCACGGGGUGGGGGAGGGGGUGAUUGAUGAAUUCCAAAAUGAACACUGUGACUCCUGUUGUGUUGUCUAAACCUUUCGUCCAUUGUGUUAUAUUGUUCGCCUCUCUUAGUAAACUAUGAAAUAAUUUAUACAUAUAUACCACCAUUACAUACUAACCUCACGGCUAUAUUAACUAAUGUAUAUGCUAUAAUAGCCUAUAGAGCAAUCAUUUAUAUCAACUGUCUAUAUUUAUACAUCAUAUCAGUUCAUAUUUGCAUUGUUUUAUAAUAUUAAAUAAAGAUUAAGAAAUAAAAGUA